UUUAACUUCCUGUUUUACUCGGUAUGUUCAACAAACAGUAUGGCAGCUCUCCUACAUUCCAUUGUUUUUCUAUCAGCUCUAGUCCAAGGAUCAGAUUUCAGCUCUGUGUUUGUGCUGAAGGGACAGGAUGUUCGUCUGGAUGUCCAGGAAAAUGUUCAACUGAAAGAGUUGGAGGUUUUCAAGUGGAGCUUCGGAUCAGCUAAUAUUGUAAGAUGCAGUGACACAUUGUCAGUGAGAGUGUCUCCUGGGUACAACAACAGGGUUGAGUUUUAUAAGGGAAACUUCUCUCUGCUACUGAAGAACAUACAGGAAGGAGACAGUGGACCUUAUACUGCAGUAGUGAGUGGUGACAAAGAAAAGACUAUUAUUGUACACCAGUUAGUUCUCCAAGAGAGAGUUGACCCUCCAGUCCUGACAGUGGACUCUAACUCCACCAUCAAUGGCAACUGUAACGUGACUGUGACCUGCAGAGGUCAGAACACCUCUGUCACCUCCAGCUGUAACAGCAGCACCUGUUCUCAGGUGGGAAGAGAGAGUAGAGGGGCUGAGACCUCCAUUGUUCCCCUGCUCUCUGUCUAUGUGGCAGGGGGUUCCAUCAUCUGUUACCACAGCAACCAAGUCAGCUGGGCGAACGACACCAAGAAGAUAGUCAAACUCUGUUCAUUGAAAUCUGAACAAGGGGAGAAGGCGAACUACAACUACGCUCUCACAGUCGGAGCACCUGUCUGCGUAGUUGGAUUCAUUGCCCUGAUUGGUUUUGUUUAUCAAAAGCAAAACAAAUGUGGCAAAGAGGAUAUUAUAAACACAGAUUAUGCUACAGUUGUGACUCCAGAUAACGGUCAAGCAGGUGGUGAACAGCAGAUGUCUCCAGGUCCAGCAUCACCCACCAUCUACAGUAUGGUGGGACAUCCCCAAUCCCAGCCUGUGAACCACCAGCCCCUGCCUGUGGACCUCCCCAUGACUACCAUGACCUCCAUGCCUGAGAGUUUAUAUGCUAUGGUGGGGAAAAAGACUAGCAGACAAUAAUCAGGAAUUUGAACAUCAUCUCAGGCCGGGAUUCUAUUCAAUCCUUUUAAAGGCAAUGUUCCCAUGUUCGUGUAACAACCAAAUAAAAAUGGUCACACGCUUCGUAAACAACAGGUGUAGACUAACAGUGAAAUGCUGACUCACGGGAACUUCCUGUCACAUGUGCUCCCUCUCAAGCCACUAGGUCACCAGUCUGCUUUCUAUGGCGCACACCUGUCUCCAUUGUUACACGCAUCAGCUCAUUAUGACACUCACCUGGGCUCCAUCACCUCCUUGAUUACCUGCCUUAUAAAUGUCACUCCCUUUGGUUCCUUCCCCAGGCGUCAUUGUUGCAGUUUCUG